AUCUAUCCAAAAAAGUUGCCUUCGUUCAAAUUGGCAUUGAUAUAUAAUAACAGUGUAUUUUGAACUUGUAGUGUCUCUUCGUUAUCCUUUUAUAUAAAAGAAAAAAAAAUGUCUCUUUUCAUUUCUACUACAAAGCCAAUGGCAAUCUCGUCCAUUACUUUCCCACCUCAGCAGCAAUUUUCUGGCGCGCCUAGCCCACCCGAGAGCCCUACUUAUAAUCAUUAUCCACAGCAAUAUCGCGGUACUAAUUACUUACAAAGAACUCCAUCAAUGAGUUCAUUACAGUCUCCACCGCUUUCAUUACAAGAAAGAAGACAAAGGAACAAAGCAGCAUCUGCAAAAUAUAGAGCAAAAAAAAAUCAUCAACACGGUGAAAUGAGAUGUAUGAUUUCUUCAUUGACAAAAGAAAACGAUCUUUUAUUACGUCAAUUGGAUCACGUACGCCGAGAAAAUAAUCGACUGAAGGCAACAUGCGACAAACUUCGAGGAAAAAUGCUCGCCGAAAAAAUGUUAAAGAAGUUGUUAAAUGACAAGGAAGAAACGAGUAUUAAUCAAUUAAAGCAACUUGAGCAAGAUAUUGCACAGGAUGAUGAUGAGUGGGAGACGUAUGAUCACUAAAUAUUAUGAAAAUCACUUAACAUGUAAACACACAAACAUUUAUAUACCUUAUGCAAUUGUAUGCGCACACUAUGCUUUAUGCCUAUUAUGAAAUAACAGAAAAAGAGAGAAGAAUAAAAGUUGAUAUCAAUUACAUAAUAAAAUCGUACAACCGUUACCUUGAUUACACUAGAGUGAC